AUGACACUUAUACCUCCACCUCGACCUGUCAGUCAUGGAAAAGACGCUGCUGAAAAUCCAAUGGGCAUUAGCCGAGACUUAAUUCCUCCUGACCCAGUUCCUGAAGACGUCAUUGAAAAGAUGCGCGAACAGAAGAAGGAACAACAGCAGGCAAACGGCAUCUUGGUUGAGCUCAUUCUGUAUAUCAUCUUCAUCUUUUGUCUUUUCAGUGUAAGCUACAGUAACAGAGACGUGCGGUCCUUCCAGCUGCAAGACCAUGUGCUAGAGAGUGUGUACAGAGUGCCCAAGAGAAGAGAAAACUCACAGGUGUCUGAUUACCCGCUGCCAUGGAAUAAGCUCCGUACCCACCAAGACAUCUACACGUGGCUCAACACUACCAUGGUGCUCCGGAUGUUCCCCAGUAAGUUCGUGUCCGGGAAGGAAUUGACGCCAGAAGGUCGACAGUUUAUGGAAGACCUGGCCAACUACCGUGUGGGCCCCGUUAGGAUGAGACAACUCCGUACCCACCAAGACAUCUACACGUGGCUCAACACUACCAUGGUGCUCCGGAUGUUCCCCAGUAAGUUCGUGUCCGGGAAGGAAUUGACGCCAGAAGGUCGACAGUUUAUGGAAGACCUGGCCAACUACCGUGUGGGCCCCGUUAGGAUGAGACAAGUCAGAAUGCCCCCAAUCCCCACUCCAGAGAUCCACACAAACCGUAUGACGGGCCCGGGGCUGAGUAACGAAGGCAAUUUGGUGGGAGACAAACAAUUCUACCCGACCUACGACAUAAGCUCUGAAGAGACAGGGACCUACUGCCUUGCCUGGAGACCGCUGCCGUGUUCUCUCGACGAGCAAUUUAAGUCGACUCUGGACGAAAAUGCCAUCCCGGUAGUGGGCAAGCUGAACGUAUACAGCGGAGGUGGGUACAUUACAGACCUGUCUGGGAACCGUGACGUCAUCAAGGAAAACUUCAUUAGCGAGCUUUUCUCCAACCGUUGGCUUGACCUCCAGACGCGGGCCGUGUUUGUGGAAUUCUCUCUUUACAACGUCAACGUCAAUCUUUUGGCAAGUAUCAGGCUGGCUGCCGAGUUCCCAGUUUACGGCUCUGCGAACACCUGGAUAGACAUUCGUAUCUUGAGGAUUUACCCACACAUUGGACCCCUCGGAGUGUACAUUUUACUGUGCGACAUUAUCCUUGUGAUUACAACUUUUGUUUUCACUUUCAAGGUUUUCAAAGGAAUCGCCAGAGAGCGCUGGUCGUUCAUAAUGAGCUGGUGGGGAGGCAUCGACUUGCUUAUGGUCCUCAUCAGCCUCAACGCCAUCAUCUUCUUCAUCAUCAGAACAGUGCACUCGUCUCAAGUUCUUGGGAGAUUUAGAGGCAACCCAAAGGCGUUUGUCAACUUCUACGCUCUGAUCAUCUAUGAUGACGUGUUUGGCUGGUUGCUGGCCUGUCUAGUGUUUCUCAGCACUCUCAGGAUUAUGCGGAUACUUGGAUAUAACCAGCAUAAAUAG